AUGUAUGAGUUAAAAUAUUUAAUAACUGAUGAAGCAGGACUUCUCCCAGAAAUGAACCUGGUAAUUAUGAUUGCAAACUUACCUGGUAUAAAGAAAGUUUUAGUAAUGGGUGACCAAAAACAACUGCCACCGUAUACAGCAUACCUGACAGACAACGUAAUACAACUGGGACAUGAAAGUAUCAUUCAGGAAUUGAUGGAAAAUCGAUUGGUAAGUUACGUUUGUCUUACGGUCAAUUUUCGUAGUCAUCCUUACUUAGUGCAUGCGCUGGCAGAAGCUUCAUAUGGCGGAAACUUAACCCCAGCUUAA